AUGGGGUCAACCAUGGAAACAACUCGUGUCCUCUACGAACCUAUUGAAGAUGUGGAAAUAAUGGAAUAUUACCAGGCAGGGGGCUAUCAUCCAGUAACAAUUGGGGACCGUUUCCGCAAUCGCUAUCGGAUAGUCCAUAAACUCGGCCAUGGUACAUACUCGACGAUUUGGCUGGCUCGAGACGAGAUAUCCAACAAAUAUGUUGCAGUCAAAGUCUGUACAGCAGAUUCGAACCCCUCCGAGAACAACGUGCUGCGCAAACUAUCGGAAACCCACCAGUUAUCAGACAUAGACAAGUCUAUGAUUCCUUCAAUCUGGGAUAGGUUCAACAUUGAAGGCCCUAACGGCAACCAUGUCUGUUUGGUAACUAGCCCAGCAAGAAUGAGCAUCUCCGAUGCAAAGAAUGCAUCAUGGGUCAGCCUUUUCCAGGUUGAGGUAGCCCGGGCAAUAGCAGCGCAGCUUGUGAUGGCGAUCCAGUAUAUCCAUUCAGCGGGAUAUGUCCAUGGAGACCUUCAUCGUGGAAAUAUUCUGCUCCAGCUAUCCCGCCAAUUCGAUCAGCUAUCUGCUGAAAUGUUAUAUGAGCAGUAUGGAGAGCCGGUACUCGAGCCAGUCAAUCGAUUAGAUGGCCAAAAACUCCCACCGGGGGUCCCAGAUUAUGGUGUUUUACCUGUCUGGCUCGGGGAAGCGAGUGAAAAUGUAACACUCCCAGAAGCCAAGAUUCGUGUUUCAGACUUUGGUGAAGCAUUUUCUCCAGUGAAAGAAAAGAGAUUCGAGUCCCGUACACCUCUUCUGGUCAGCCCCCCGGAGGCCCGAUUUGAGCCAAAUGAGCCUCUUACCUUUCCAUCCGAUAUUUGGACACUUGCCUGUACCAUCUGGGAUAUUAUUGCCCAAAGAUCACUAUUCGAAGGCUUCCUAACGAACGAAGAUGACAUGACUCGCCAACAGAUCGGAUCACUGGGCCCGUUGCCAGCUGAAUGGUGGAGAAAGUGGGAGGCAGGUCGAGUCGAGUUCACCAAGCGUGGAGAGCCAAUUGACCGACUCAAAUCCGUGAAUCAGUCAUGGGAGGAUCGCUUUGAAACAAGCGUACAGCGACCGCGGAUAGAGGAGGGGAUGCUUCCACUUGAACCAAGCGAACGUGAUGCUCUGUUGUCAAUGUUGCGCUCCAUGCUUUCCUUCAGGCCAGAGGAUCGCCCCUCUGCUCAGCAGGUUCUUGGGUCUAAAUGGAUGGUCAAAUGGGCUCUGCCCGAGUUUGAGAAGAUUCACAUGACUCUAUAA